AUGCGAGGCAAUGACGACAAGGUCGGGCCCGGUCUCACAAUGCGUUCCAUCACGAUUGCGCUGACUUCAAUUCUCAUCACAAUUGCUGAAACAAGUGUUUGCCCGGACGCUGGAACCGCAGCGGGACGUAAGUGGAGCGUAGUUUUAUGACUAAAACUGAGCUGGAUUCUUUGAGCUAGCCGAAUACCGGUAAUCGUCAUGCGGGGUGAAAUUUGCUUGGCAAACCGUCCGAUCUCUUGAGGGGUUUUAGUGCCGUAAAAGUUAACUGACAGAGGUGCAACGCUGCACGUCAAACUGACAGUGAGGAGUCCGGUGACCGGAAUAGACCCUUCGCUAUCGCUUUUUUACACUUCGGCUUGAUUUCGCAGAGAAAGAGAGAAAAAAUACACGCAAAAACGUACUCUCUCGCCCCAAAAAUUCCCCAUUUCUCCCCCGACAAAACGUUUUUUCGCGUCUUUUUUGGCAAAUUGUCAAUCCAUUCACCGGACUGUUUUAGCUUAUCUCAGCUUGACGUGCGCUGUCCUGGAGGCUAGCAGUGCUUGUGUUCCUUUGAUACUCAAUUCUUAGCCAAAUCUAAGGGGAAUUUGAACCUUUUUAUAAUCUUUUUGUACCCAAGAGAACACCUGGCAUAUCAGUCUGUCGGUAAAAUGAUGCACACAAUGUAGAUGCAUUAUGUAAUGUUUGAUUGUAUCAUCUUCUUGAUAUUUUCAGCCUGCUUCGAAGGAGAGUGCAAUGACGGCUACAUCUGUUCCGACACCGGCUUCUGUUGUAAGUCCAGCUCUUUUGGCAGCGCUAUACCUGUUCCCUCCGUUAAUACAGUCAUUGAUUUUAGGCCCAGAGGUCCAAAACUUUGACGUCCAAGCCGACAGCUCCGACAAAAAGAAGACGACGAAGAAGUUGACGACAAAGAAGCUUUCGACGAUAAAAAUUCUUUGCGUAGACGGAGCACUGAACUGCGGCAUGUUCGUUGGUUAUUGUGCGCCCGGAAGUAUGUAUACAUGGUGCAUGUACUCACACUGCCGCCGUACCUGCGGAUUAUGCUAA